UUUACCAAAUUAUUAUUUACAGGGGAGUAUUUAGGGUUAACUGGAGCCAGUUUGGAUGGAAUAGAAAUGGCAGCAUGUGGAUUAGCUACACAUUUCGUCCAUUCCACGAAGCUUAAUGCAUUGGAAAAUGCCCUACAAGCUAUUACUUCUUCAAAUGUAUCAACAAUUGCUGCUUUAAUAGAAACUUUUACAGAGAAACCAACUGUGAAAACAGAUAGCCCUUUCAAGAGAUUGGAGAUUAUAAACAAAUGUUUCUCAAAAGGGACAGUGGAAGAUAUAAUUCAAUCCUUGGAAAAUGAAUUAGAAAACGGAGCAGAAGAAAAGUGGAUAACAAAUGCAUUAAGCUCUAUGCACUUUUCAUGUCCCAUGAGUCUUAAGAUCUUCUUAAAAUCUAUCAGAAAAGGCAGAAUACAAAAUAUUGAAGAAUGUCUUUACAGGGAUUAUAAUAUUGCUUGCCACCUCAAUCGAAGAACAGUAAGCAGUAAUUUCUACGAGGGUUCAAGAGCAAAGCUGUUUGAUAAAGACAACAAACCUAAGUGGGAGCCUUCAAAGCUAGAGUUGGUUAGUGAAAAAAUGGUGGAUCAGCACUUUACAAAUAUCACUGACGAUACAUGGGAGCCUUUACAACUUCCUCUAAGAUCCCAUUCUCCAAUCAUAACUGCCUGCAGAUUAUAAUUAUUGAAUUCAAGAUAUAACCUCUGGUGGGUGAAGGUUAAGUGAGGAAAAAAAAAGAAGAUAAAAGUUGAAGGUUAAUCUUAGUUAUAAUUACUACAGUAAUUUAAUAAUGCUAUAUGAUAAGAAUUUAAUUUUCAUCUACUGUUAGUAUAAAGUAAAAAUCUUAUUUUUGAGAGAUGUAAAAGUUGUAACAAAAAUUAUGAAAUCUAA